GUUACCAAGCUUUAAAAAAUGACAGAAGGCCUACAAAUUUUGAUAAAAAGGUGUUAGUAUGGGCAGGACGCUUUAAAAAGGAGGACAUUCCUAAGCACGUAUCGUCUGAGGUCCUCGACGCAGCAAGGAACAGUGUCAGGAUAAAGGUUUGCUACAUCAUGAUUGCACUGACCUUGCUGGGCUGUUUGACCAUGGUAAUCACAGGCAAAGAAGCUGCUAAAAGGAAUCACACACUGCUGAGGAUGAACAUAGAAAAAAAGGCCAAAUGGAGGGCUGAAAUGGAGAAAGAUCAGGAGGCAGCUGUUGGGAAACCACAAUGA